GUUCUGUGGGUGAUAUGAUGGCAUCUUCUGUAUACGUUCCUUCUGAGCUGCAAGGUCGAUACAAUAACCCGCACUUUUUUAGUGGAUAUAAUUAUAAAAAUACGUGGCAUGCUGCACAAACGUUGUAUAAAUACGAAGGUCCAGGUGCAUUUUAUCGUGGAUAUAAAGCAACUCUAUUACGUGAUGUGCCUUUUUCGGCAUUACAAUUUGCCUUUUACG